GCGAGACAAGAGCGGCGUGGGAUAAAAGGUAAGUUUUAACCCUUUCAUCUCCACGGAGAGAGGGGCCAGAACCUAAACAUCGAUUCUAAAACACAAUAGUGUUCCUUUACUGGGUUAUGGAAGUCAAUUUGGGAAGUGCUAUUUCAGUAGCUGGUGUGCGGUAAAAUGUGGCAGGAUCUAUGAAUGUCAGGGGAGUGUUUGAGAGCCUGCAAGUUCCACAGAUAAGGAAGACACUGCUAUUUAUAACAUCUGUUGAAGAGUUGUUACAGCAGCAAACUGCGGCACUUAGUCAUAGCCACCUGCAACCUGUUCGGGAGGUUACUUUGAAAAUACUUUAAAAAAAAUUUAAUUAAAAUUAAGGAUAAGGGGAAAUUGUAAACACACAUUUCCUAACAGACUAAGAUUCAGUACUAAAUUUGGGAUCUCCUGCUGUAAUGUUCCAAAUUUGAGCUUUGGAAUAAAUAUAAAAAAUGCUCUCAAAAAUCUCAGAGUAAAUGUGUCUUUAAAGGGUUUCUUUAACCGUUUUUAGGGGGGAGACCUUUACUGUGUAAAAUGCCCUAAUGGACACUGUGGAGGAGGUCGCCCUCCCUUGAGUUGCAAUAAAAGAUGCAAAAUAAAGCUCCCAGUGCUGAUCGAAAAAAGAGUUCUGGGCUGCUAAUCUCACGUGUGUUCGGGGUGCAACUAGCCCCCAGCACACAAUUAACAAUAACUCAUGACAGGUGCAUAGUCGUACUGUUUGGGCAUUAAGAUUAAAAACCCCUAUACAUACCCAAUAAUGCACGGACACCAAUAUGUUGGGUAAAAUUCUGUCCACAGCUUUUAAUAAUAUAUAUUUUAAUACAAAAAGUAAUUUUCAACAAACCCUUUGACACAGUAUUUAACUAACCCCCCACAACAUUGCAAUAACAAUGACCUAAAAAUCAACAUACCACCAUAACUAUAUGACAACAUAAAUAACAUCAUGAACCAUAAUAUAGUGCAAACAAAUUGCCUGAAUGAUCCAAUGUAGUGGUACACCGAGAUACCCCUACAUCCCGGGUUCUGAGCCACAGGCCAGCUAAAAACCUACCAUACUAACUUGCCCGAACGACCCAAUGUAGGAGUAUACCGAGAUACCCCUACAUCCCGGGUUCUGAGCCACUGACCAGCUCAAAACCUACCAUACUCAGGGCUGUCUUUAACAUUGAUUGGACCCUGGGCAAGCAUUUGCUUGGGCCCCCUGGAUCCUGCCCUUCCCCUCCACACAUUUCCACCCCCUGGCAUGCAGUCAUGCCCUCCACCCCAAUACAGUGGCAUAACUAAUGUAGAGAAGGCCCAGGUGCAAGACAUUUUUUUUGGGCCUCCCAUCUAGCACAAUAAUGGAGAAAAGAUAGAUCCUCAUCUGUUGUACAAUUCCCACGAUGCUAUGCCAGUUGGGGAUCUACCAUUUGGUCAUUCUUGCAGGGCUGUAUUUGUGAGCAGUGUUUGUAAAUUUGAAUGUGAGCAUGUUGUUGUAUAGAGUAUGUGUGUGCAUGUACGGUGUAGUAUUGGUGUUAGAGUGAAGGGGUGUGUUUCUAUAUACUUUUUGAGUUUGAAUUCAGGGGCGUGUUUGUAUGUAAUGUUUGUGUUUGCAGGGGUGUGUUUGCAUGUUGUGUUUGAUUGCUUGGAUGUAUGACAUACAUUCACAGAUAUCCAUACACAUUAGCACACUGAUACAUGCACACAUCUGGACACAUGCACAGACUGAUACAAACAGACUGGCGUAUACACACACAUACAUACAUACACACACACAGAUACAAAGAUAAAAACACUGGCACAUCCACACACAGAGAUACACACUUACACACACUGACACAGAUAUAGACACACAUUAAGAUGCACACAGACACACGGGUACACAUGCAGGGGUGUAUUUGUGUGCAGUGUUGCCAAAGGAAUGCUGGGAUGUAUGCAUUGCCACACAGAUGCACACUUACACAAACACUGAGAUACACACAGGAACACAGAUACACAUGCAGUGGUGUAUUUGUGUGCAGUGUUAGCGUUGGAAUGUAGUAGUGUAUAUGUGUGCAGUGUUGGUACUGGAAUGAUGGAAUGUAUGCAUUGCCACACGCAUAGAUACACACUUACACAACCUGACACUCAUAUACAUACACAGACACGCAGGUACACAUACAAACUGACACACAAGUACACGGACACAGGUAUACAUGCACAUAGAUACACAUAAACACUGACACAAAGGUACACAUACACUGACACAAACACAGCCAGAUACACACACACUGACACUCACACAGCCAGAUACACACAUACAGCCAGAUACAAACGCACACACAUACAGAUACACAAGCAUAAAAUCAGAUACACACGCAUAGUCAGAUACACACACACAGUCAGACACACACAGUCAGAUACACACAUACAGUCAGAUACACACACAUAGUCAGAUACACACAUACAUAGUCAGAUACACAAACACACAUAGUCAGAUACACAUAUACAGUCAGAUAUACACACAUAGUCAGAUACACACAUACAGUCAGAUAUACACACAUAGUCAGAUACACACACACACACAGUCAGAUACACACACAUAGUCAGAUACACACACAUAGUCAGAUACACACAUACAGUCAGAUACACACAUACAGUCAGAUACACACACAUACAGUCAGAUACACACACAUAGUCAGAUACACACACACAGUCAGGUACACACACAUAGUCAGAUAUACACACACAGUCAGAUACACACACAUAGUCAGAUACACACACAUAGUCAGAUAUACACACAUAGUCAGAUAUACACACACAGUCAGAUACACACACAGUCAGGUACAAACACAUAGUCAGGUACACACACAUAGUCAGAUACACACAUACAGUCAGAUAUACACACAUAGUCAGAUACACACACAUAGUCAGAUACACACAUACAGUCAGAUAUACACACAUAGUCAGAUAUACACACAUACAGUCAGAUAUACACACAUAGUCAGAUACACACAUACAGUCAGAUAUACACACAUAGUCAGAUACACACACACACAUAGUCAGAUACACACAGUCAGAUAUACACACAGUCAGAUAUACACACAGUCAGAUAUACACACACAGUCAGAUACACACACACAGUCAGAUACACACAUAGUCAGAUACACACAUACAUAGUCAGAUAUACACAUACAUAGUCAGAUACACACAUACAGUCAGAUAUACACACAUACAGUCAGAUAUACACAUACAUAGUCAGAUAUACACAUACAUAGUCAGAUAUACACAUACAUAGUCAGAUACACACAUACAGUCAGAUACACACAUACAGUCAGAUAUACACACACAGUCAGAUAUACACACACAGUCAGAUAUACACACAUACAGUCAGAUAUACACACAUUUAUAUCAAUUUAAGUCUAGCCACCCUCUUGUCUCCUUACCUUUAGAGAAGGGUGGCUUCCCUGGGGUCCAGUGGAAGCUGGAUGGCUGAGGUUGAUGGGAGUCUGAUGAACAUGUUUACCUCAGUCCCUCUCCUUCACCUCCUCCUCCUGUGUGUGCAUCCUCCCUCUCCUCCACUUCCAUGUGUGUCUCCUCCUCCCCAGCGGCACUCUGUUACUUGGGAGGAAGUGAUCUCACCUCACUUCCUCCCAGCAGGCAUACAGACAGGGGCCCGGUCGGGUGCUCAAUUAAAGGGCGGGGGGCCCUGAUUACUUCACUUGCCGAAGCCCACUGGGAUAUUUCUCAGUAUCCCGGUGGGCUGUUCAGUCCUGGCUGCGGGCAGGGGGCCCACGGGACAGCUGCUUUGGGCCCCCCAGGAGCAACUGGGCCCGGGGCAGCUGCCCCGUUUGCCCCUUGUUAAAGACGGCCCUGACCAUACUAACUUGCCUGAAUGACCCAAUGUCGAGAUACCUCUACACCCCGGGUUCUGUGCCACAGGCCAGCUCGAAACCUACCAUACCAACCUGCCUGAAUGACCCAAUGUAGGAGUAUACCUAGAUACCCCUACACCCCAGGUUCUGAGCCACAGGCCAGCUCUAAACCUACAAUACUAACUUGCCCGAAUGACCCAAUGUAGGAGUAUACCAAAAUACCCCUACACCCUGGGUUCUGAGCCACAAGCCAGCUCGAAAUCUACCAUACUAACUUGCCCAAAUGUAGAAGUAUACCGAGAUACCCCUACACCCCGGGUUCUGAGCCACAGGCCAGCUCGAAACCUACCAUACUAACUUGCCUGUAUGACCCGAUGUAGGAGUAUACCGAUAUACCCCUACACCCUGGUUCUAAACCACAGGCCAGCUUGAAACCUACCAUACCAACUUUUAAAAAACAUAAUUAAUUAAAUACCUAAAAACAACCCAUUCGACACCCUAAUUUACCUAUCCAGCCCACAAAACAGAGGAUAACUCCAAACCUAACACAAAAUCAGGGAGGGACAACAACAAGGUCUGCGAGAAAACAUUAGAAUGGGAAAAUUUUAAGAUGGCUGGCCUAUAUGUAUCCGCCUGCCCAUCCCAUAUAACUAGCCAAUUCAAACACACUAACUGUGAAUGCCCGCUUCCUAGUUCUGUCAAUGCCCUAUUUCACUAAGCUGUGCUUCUCCAUGGGCUACAGUAUGUGCAGGGUCUCAAGCUGAAAUACUGCACAUACAGACUCCUACCACUAUGCCCACUUCAAGUCACUGAGUGGUCAUGGUGGUUGGAGUAACCCUUUAAAGUAACUUCUUAAAGCUUUAUAUAGGUAUGACACUGAAAUGUAUGCAAAAAAAAAAGAUAAGAGGAUAAACAAUAAUAAAACACAAGUUACAACAAAACAAUGAUACCAAGCAUACCCUCAAGUUCCACCAAGGCUUGGUUGCAAAAAAAAUAAAAAAAUAAUUCGACUGUGGCCAUCAGUCACCUGACUUGAAUCUCAUAGAAAAUCUCUGGUGGGAUUUGAAGAAGGAGAUUGCAGAAUGCACCCCCAAAAAUAUAUUACUGAACUGGAGCAAUGGGCUAAGACUUCUCAGGAACGCUGCCAGAAGCUUAUGUCUGGCUAUGCAUCUCAUUUGCAACAGGUCAUCACAGCAAAAGGGCUCUACUAAGUACUAGAGAUGCUUGCAACGAAGGGGUUGAAUAUUUUUGAGACUGGAGUAGUCAUCAUAAGUUGUAUUUAUAGUUGAAUUUAUGGAAACCACUUGAAGCAUUUACGUUGAGCUAUUCUAAUUGUUUUUGUUUAAUUUGUUCAUGGCAAACAGUUGAAAGUAAGUACAUUUUGACAAUAAACCUGACUUUCAAUAGGGGUUGAAUAAUUUUGAUUACGACUUUAAAUACCUACCUGCAUGAAAACAUGUCACAAACUUGUCAUUCAUAGUAUUUGUGGAGGGCAGACUUACUUAGACUACAAAAAAUAUAUUUAGGAAUAUUUUGGAAAUUUUCUAUUUAUCAGUAGGUUAUCUAAACUGUUUCAGAAUAAUCCUGAGGUAAAAGUGUAGUUUAGCACAUUUUACUUGCUUCUAGUGAGUUUAUAUAAAAUGGUCAGUCCUAUGUGCCCCUCCCUGCCUGGGCCCGGUAUGUAAAACCUGUACAUUGGGGGUACUGGUUUACCCGUGAGACAUCACUGAAUACUAAUAUGUGUAUUUUAUUGCAGUAACAGCUAACAGUAUUGUGACAUUCACAGUUAAAAUGCAAUGCAGAACUAAAAAAAUAACAGAAUUUCUUAUUUUCUCAAAUUUUUCUAUAUUUUAUUCAUAUUAAAUUAUGCUUAAUAUACAAAUAUUGGAUGUGACAUGAAAGCCCUGUUUCUCCUGAACAAAAUGAUACAUGAUAGGUGUGGGUAAACAUAAUAUGAAAGAGGUGAAUUACGGUUGGACAGACAUGUAGCGCAAAUGCCAAGUUUUGUUUACGUUUUAAUUUGAUCACAACUUGUACAAUUGCUCAGUCCUUAACCCCUUAAAACAAAAUGUAAACAAAACCUGGCAUUUGCGCUACAUGUCUGUCCAACCGUAAUUCACCUCUUUCAUAGUAAAUGCACCCACCCUUAUUAUAUAUCAUUUUAUUCAGGGGAAACAGAGCUUUCAUUUAAUAGCAAAUAUUUACCUAUGAAACAUAAUUUAAUAUGAAAAUAAAGGGGAGAAAAUAAGAUUUAUUUUUUAUUUAUUUUUUUGUUCUACAUGACAUUUUAACUGUCAAUUUCAUAAUACUGUUUGCUUUUACUGCAAUAAAAACACACAUAUCUGUAUUCAGCAAAGUCUCACGUGUGAAACAGUACCCCCUAUGUACAGGUUUUAUGGUGUUUUGGGAAGUUACAGGGUCAAAUAUAGCACGUUACAUUUGAAAUUGAAAUUCGCCAGAUUGGUUACGUUGCCUUUGAGACUGUAUAGUAGCCCAGGAAUGAAAUGUACACCCAUAAUGGCAUACCAUUUGCAAUAGUAAACAACCCAAGGUAUUGCACAUGUCCAGUCUUUUUUAGUAGCCAUUUGGUCAGAAACACUGGCCACAGUUAGCGUCAAUAUUUGUGUGUGAAAAAUGCAGAAAAAACGCCAAUUUUGGCCAGUGUUUGUGACUACGUGGCUACUAAAAAAGACUGGAUAUACCCCAUUUGCAAUACCUUGGGUUGUCUACUAUUGCAAAUGGUAUGCCAUCAUAAGGGUAAUUUUCAUUCUUGGGCUACCAUAGGGUCUCAAAGGCAAUGUAACCAAUCUGGCGAAUUUUAAUGUGAAAAAAAUGAAACACAAGCCUUAAAUUUGACGCUGUAACUUUUGAAAACACCAUAAUACCUGUACAUGAGGGGUACUGUUGUACUCAGGAGACUUCGCAGAACACAAAUAUUUGUGUUUCAAAACAGUAAAAAGUAUCGCAGCAAUAAUAUCGUCCGUGUAAGUGCUGUUUGUGCGUGAAAAAUGCAAAAAACGUCACUUUUACUGGCGAUAUCAUCGUUGUAAUACAUUUUACUGUUUUGAAACACUAAUAUUUGUGUUCAGCUAAGUCUCCCGAGUAAAACAGUACCCCUCAUGUACAGGUUUUAUGGUGUCUUGGAAAGUAAUAUGGUUAAAUAUAGUGCUAGCAAAUUAAAUUCCUUAUACUUUCGGCAUGGGUUGUCAGGCAGGUCUCGCUAAUUGUAAUUAAUUAAAAUACCUAAUUAUGUAAAAAUAUUACAUAAAUAUAUAUGUAGAAUUAAUAUAUGUGUAUAUAUAUAUAUAUCUAUAUAUAUAUAUAGAUAUAUAUAUAUAUAUAAAUAAUUUUUAAAAAUAUUUUUAUUUAUAUAUAUAUAUAUAUAUAUAUAUAUAUAUAUAUAGUGAUAUAUACGUAUAUAUUUAUGUUUAUAUAUAUAUAUAUAUAUAUAUAUAUAUUAUUUUGUUCUACAUGUAUUUUGAUAUAAAUAUAUAUAUUAAUAUCACAAUACAGUUAGAACGAAAUAACACACAUCAAUAUAUUUUUUAAUUAUUUAUUUUUAAUUAUUUUUUAAAUUUAAUUUUUUACAUUUUUUUAUAUUAUAUAUAAAUAUAUAUAUAACAAUAAUUAUACAUAUAUUUAAUCAGUAUCAGUCUACGUGUAAUUUGAUAUUAAUAUAUCUAUAUAUAAUUAUAUAUAUUAACAGUAAAAUACACCUAGACAGCGUAUGAGUUUGUAUGUAUAUGUGUAUAUAUAUACUUAGAUCAUAUAUAUAUUAUAUAAUUUUUACACUGAUUUUAAUUUAAUUUGAUUUCCAGCCAGCAGGGGGACUAACUGUCAUUACAGGCAGUCCCCCUUCUGGCAAUGCAUCAGCCAGCAAACCUGGACAUGUGACUGUGAGGUCCUCGCAAGGACCUCAUUCUCACAUGGCCAUGGGGGCCAGAGGAGACAGGAUCCGCUGCGGGGGACCCCCUGGGCGACCGUGUAAGUAAGAAAAACCGGAGGGCAUACUAUUACGCCCUGCGGCGUUUAGAGACGCUUAGAAUAGGGCGUAAUAGUACGCCCUUCGAUUUUAAGGGGUUCAAGGAACACUAUAGUGUUAGGAAUGCUCACCUAUCCGCCUCCAGUAACGACACGAAGAAGGAAGGGCCUUCUCCACAACAGUCCAAUUCAAUGCUCCUCAUAAAGGAGCAUUGGAGGCCUAAUGCGAAUGCAUGCUAGCGCAUUCAAAAUCCCCUAUCGAAAAGCAUUGAAUCAAUGCUUUGCUAUGGGGGUUAUUCUGUCAGUGCAGCAGAAACGCCUCUAAAGGUGGACUUAAAGAACACUACACUGCUCAAAUACAAAAUAAAUACAAAUGCCUUGUUAGUAGAUAUACCAGGCAUAGGCAACCUUCAGCACUCUAGAUGUUUUGGACUAUACCUCCCAUGAUGCUUUGCCAGCAUUAUGGGUGUAAGAGCAUUAUGGGGGAUGUAGUCCACAACAUCUGGAGUGCCGAAGGUUGCCUAUCCCUGAGAUAUACACCAAAUGAAAACUUGCAUGCAUUUAAUUAUGUAUUUUUUAAUCGGGCUUGCAAAACCUGCAGUUCUCUUGUCUGCUGUCUUUGAAAGCUCUCCCCUUCUAACCCCGCCAGACUUUCUGUGACUGUCCAAUCACAGACCUCCUAAUACAGCUCAAUAAAAAGUCUUUGUAGUCAGGUGCCCUGAGCAAAUCCUGCCUCUUGAGGUCAUCUGCAUUGAGCCAGCGAAACCAGGAAGUAAUUUAUUUGUUGUCUGAUUGAAAGCCAAGGGGGGUGUAACCAGGUUUUUUUAAUAAAAGCAUAAAUUUUUAAUGAAAUCUGCACUUUUUGCAAAAUGAAAGAAAGAGAACACAUUUUUCACACGUAAAGCUUUUCAGCAAACUAAAGUUGUUUAGGGAUCAGGAGUGACAUUUUAACUCUGCAAUGUAAACAUUGCAGUAUCUCAAAAACAUUGCAGGGCUAAAAGGAUAGGGACACUGCACCAAGACCACUUCAUUUAGAUGAAGUGAUCUGGGUGACUACAGUGUCCCUUUAAGGCCAGAGUAGCUUAACUGCAAGCAUAGUUGAAUUUUUCCAGUUCAGCUACUUUGGCCUCAAAUUUGAAAUUCACUUUGAAUUCACCUUGAAUUCUCACUUUGGUGAAUAACCCUACUAGUGUGAAAUACUUGAGAGCUCUCUUUUGUGGGAAAUGUAGUGAUAACAUCAGCUUUAAAGUGAAGUUUAAACUUUGAAAAGAAGUAUCAGUUACAACACUGUUUAUACAACACUUUACAAGCAAUAUAGAGUUUAGAAAAAAAAUGCUUAUUUAAAUUGUAACAUGCAAUACUAACAAAGCAGGCAUCUAUCUAUCUGAAAUGUUAAAGAAAAACAAGAUACAACAAACUUGUUUUUUCUGAUUUCAUUUGUAGAACUCUUGAAGCGCCAGCAAAACACUUUGAAAAGACUGGCGGCAAGAAAUAGGUCAGUGUAGCCUCUUUUCAUGUGUAUAUCAGGCCCUUAAUAUCCCCUUAUGCAGGGCGACCGUCAGAAAAUUUGGGGACCCUUACUCAGCUCAAUGUCUGGGCCCUUGGGGCCUUCCCCUGGGUCCGUCCACAGGACGCACCACCGAGUCUGCCCACAAGGAUGCAGUACAUGUAUGUGUAAGAGAUGCAGUGUCUAUGUGCAGUGUAUGUGUAAAUAUAAUGGAUGUAGUGCUUGUGUGCGUGUAGCGGAUACAGUGUGUGUAUAUAGUGGUAACCCGUGGUAACGCUCUGACAGCCAGGGCACCUUACAGCUGUAUUGGCUCUACCCCCUUGAUGGCGGCCCUGCACUUAUGGAACAACAACGAUACAUUUUUAUCAGAGCAGUCUGCAUUUUAAAUGUAAUUUCCCCAUUCAUUUACCAUAUCCAGGGCUGAACUGUCAAUAGUAAAAAAAUAAAAAGCCAGGACAAUCCAUGCUUUUAUUUACAGGCUCUUCAAAGAUUGGAUUAUGAUCAUAACUUGAAAUAUUGUCAUCCUUAGGGAAAUAUAUUUCAGAGAGGCCUACGUUAUUUUAUUAUUUGUGAACAGGCCGAUCCCCUAUUUGCAUUAUAAAUAGCCAAUAUGUGAAGCAUUGCAAAGACAUUUUUAUUCCAUAAUGCAUAAGAAUGCACUGUAGAUAUAUAUUUUAAUUAUUUAAUUUAUUUAUUUUGGGAAUAUAUAUAUUUUUAAAUAAAGUACAAACUUUGUUAACUCCAUCGUUUUAUUUGCUCGACAUCAAUGAUGUAACUUUUUCAUUUGUGGGUCCUUUAAGAAUAAUAUGUAGACAUUACUAAAGUUUGAAUAUGGUUGCCAUGAUUUAGAAGGAUGGCAUGGUAAACCAUGCAGAAACAAAUAUACGAGAAGGGGGAGGCAAUGGUAAAAAUAAACAUUCCUAACACAGUUCCCUGACAGGUUAGGUCGGUUAGUACGCAGCAGCUCUCUCCUGUGUCCCCUCCCUGUGACUAAACCGUAAACAAGUCUGAGGAAACACAAUUAGCCAAGCUACCUUUCACGUGUUUUAGAGCAGCAAACCUACAAAUCUAGUUUUUUGGUUUUUUUUUUUACAACCACCAAAAUAGGAGAGCCAAAUAGAGAGAGAGACACGCAGGUAUUUUUGAGGCCUGCAAAUAUUUUGCGAGUUGUGAUAGCAAGAACGUUUUUUUCAGAAACAAAGGACGUGCAAUAGACAUAUUGUUAUGAAAAGGCCCCUCCUAACAACAGAUGGCACCUCACCCAUUGUUUACUGGCUGCUUAAAAAAUUGGGGAUUUCCCAGCAGCAAAGGUAAUUAAAGGAACAGUCCAAGGACCAGAAGCGCUAGAGGACAAUGUAGUGGUUAUGGUGCUUUGUGUUCCUUUAAUUACUAGAUACUUCUAUGCCUCCAUAUUAUGCGCAUUGUGCAGCAAUUUUCAUGUACCCUGUUAAACAGUUUUGUGAAAUAUGUGGGUGCUUUAUAAAUAAUAAUAAUAAUAAUAAUGUAGCUCCAGAAUUUCUAGGAUUUUGGUAAAUCUGGAUGAUUUGGUAAGCGUGCGCAAUCAUACUUUUUUUUUUUCUUUUUUAAACCAGCAUCAAGCAUCAUUAUCACCAUAGCUUAUUGUAAAGGUUAUGGUAGUAAGAAGCUAUGGGUGAGGUCCUACACUUUGUGUUGAAGAGAUUUCAAGUGGUUUGACAAAAUCUGUGACACUAAAGCCCCCUCAAUACGCUGAAGAUGUCAUAAUCAGAAAGUUCAUGUCUUUAUUGUAAACCAAAUUAAUUGUCCUGUGUUUUGCCACACUGGGUCACCAUUUUGCAUUGCCAAAUUGAUACAGACACCCUGUAAAUAUAUAUCAGUUUGCUUGGGAUUAAAACUGGGAUCAAUGAUGUCAGUUUUAUAACUGCUAUUCUCAGACCUCCCAACAGUCCCAGAUUUGUCAGGACAGUCACAAAUGUUGGCUUUUGUCCAGCUGUCCUGGAUUUGUUCUCUGAUGUACCAAUUCUGUGAAAAGUGUUCACGCUGUGCAAGCUGCUCUCAGAACAUUGAACCCAGACAACAGCGUGUUAAAAGCACGUUGCCCAUGUGCAGCCCUUGGAAGAUCUAGUGAGAAUAUCCAGUAGGCACGCAGGUAUGCAUGAACCCCUUUUCUGGAUGGGCCUGCCUUUCAUCACAUUGUUGCCCUCUUUUCUCAUAUCCAGAGUUCCUACAAAUAUUUUGGAGGAAUAAUAGGAAGAGAUCUUAUCAUGUCCCAAGCUAAGGGGACACAAACACAGAGGAGAGGACCUGCAUCCUGAAUCCACUUGUACCAUAAUCACUAUAAUAUGCUGCAAUUGUUAUGUUGGUUGCAGUGUCCUUUAAGCCCAUGACAUUGUAUUUUGAGAAGGGCUGGAUUUUCCAUAAGGUCACUGGACCUUGACCUUGUGGUAGCACGUAUGAGAGAAGUGGCAUGACCGAUGGAAAAAUCUAAGAUCUUCCUCACUAGCCAUUCCAUUCCCAUGCCGAUGGAGCCGGCCACUGUAGCAGUGAGUGCAGCGGCCAGCCCAUCAGAGAAGGUGACUACAAACCUGUUUCUUCUCCAUUCCAGCUUGGGGCCACUACUACCCACCAAGCUGCCCAACAAAGGACCUGCUAGGCCAGCAGUAGUCUGCCUUGCUUAGCCCAGAGGCCAGUCACCUGUGCCCACCAAUGUUAGUGUCUGCAUCGGUCGUUAUGUGUGUGUUGCAUGGGUCGUUAUUUGUGUGUUUGCAUGUGUCAGUGUGAGUGUAUCUACAUGGUUCAGUGGGUGUGUGUGUGUGUGUGUGUGUCUGCAUUGGUCAUCAUAAAGGCCAAAGUUUUAAUAAUAAAAAAAACCCAAUACUUUUAAAUUGUGGGAGAGUAUCAUGUAGGCAUGUAUAUUAUUAUAUGUGUAUUAGAUUAAUAUUUACAUGUAAUAAUGACAUAUAUAUAUAUAUAUAUAUAUAUAUAUAUAUAUAUAUAUUAAGCAAAAUAUAAAAUUACUACAACACACAUACAUUUAUAUACAUGUAUAUAUGAAGGGACUGUGGGUAUCGUAUUGAGGAAACUGACCUUGUGGCAGCAAGGAGGGUAAAUCCGGCCCUGAUUUUAUGAAAUGUAUAACCUAACUGCAAAGUGCCCAUUAUAACUCUAUGGAAAAUUCCAAUCUCCAUAAAUAAAUACUUUGCUUUUACGCAACACACAUUUGCAAGCAUCAUUUCCCAUGAAGCUUAGCCAGCCUUAUUUACUUCACAAAACUCUACAACACCUUUGUGUUAUUGUGUACUUCCAGCAAACGCGAAUAUGCAGAAUUCGAAGAAGUACAGACUAUUUAUUGGCAGUAGCUCUUGAAUAAAGAGCACAUAAACCUUUUUACUCACAUCAUAAAAGGCUAAUUUAGAACUAGUGGUGAAACUACAGAGCUUACAGUGCCUAACUACCCAGCUCCGGCUCUUAAAGAGAUCCUGCUUUCUUUGUAUGUAUAGAAUGAGAUUCCAGAUAAGGAGUUAAAGCGUAACUGUCCCGUAAACUCCCCUCACACUCCCCCAUGGCCUGUUUUUCUUUUUUUGUUAAUAUGACACAAAAAAGAAGGUUUGAGGGAAACUCUGAUACUUUCACCUUUUUGAUAGCUAUCUUAAAACAGAACAUUCACCAUAAAUAGAAACAUUCGCCAUAAAUAGACCUGUGCAAUAUUAUUUAAGGCAGACAUCACACUGCCAAUUUAUAACAAGCUAUCUUAAGGUUUUUUGUGUUCCUUUGCUUUUCCUACUUUUAAUAAAGGAUCAAUAAAGUUAUACAUGUAUAUAGUUUUUGUUAAAGGGCACAUGUAAAUAUCAUUUAAACAAACAAUUGGUUCCACUUUUCCCUCGCUCCAUUACCUACCAUAACCAAUUUAGAGAUAUUUUUUUUUAUUAUUCCAAUCACGUUGUUCAUUCAUUAAAUUAACAGCACCUUAGAUCUCCCUAGUUGGAGAUUACAAUAUUUAUUUUUCUCUCAGUAAACAUAAGGAGAGUAGGGUCUACUUUUCCGGAUGUAUAACCUGAACGUUGACAAAGUGUGGAGCUUUAAUCAAGCUCCAUGGUGUUUGUCAACUUUGUCAUUGGCUUCUUCCUUCUAUAUUCACCUCCCUCGCAUGGUGCAUCACUACCUCUGCGCUACAGAGAAGAACGGGGCAUGCACCAUUGUAUCCGGGCAGUGACAGCUGUAACCAUUGUAUCCGGGCAGUGACAGCUCUAUCAGGCUAUGGGUGACAGAUCAGGAUAACCAUUGUACCCAACAUCCUCGGCCAGCAGAUCCAACUGGACCUUAGGGAAGCCACCCUCCUCCACCUGAAAGGUAGGAAUGGGGAGGGUGGCUAAAAAUAUGUACCCUUUGAUCAGCGUGUCUGUCUGUAUGUGUGACAUUAUGUCUGUGUGUGUCAGUAUGUGUGUGUCAUGGUGUGUAUGUGUGUCACUGUGUGUGUGCGUGCGUGCGUCAGUAUGUGUAUCUGUAUGCGUGUCUAUGUAUCUGCAUGUAUGUUAGUGUGAGUAUAUGUGUAUCUAUAGCCAAGUCACAGUGGGUAUCAGUGUGCCUUUCUAUUUGCAGGUGUGUGUCUGUGUAUUUGCACGUGUGUCAGUGUGGAUAAAAAGGUCAUUUGCUCAGACAGAUGAAAUUAAUUUGUCUUAUUUUCAUGCAGUCAUUUCCUUUAGGCAUUGCUGAGUCACAGGCUUAACAACUGAUUACCUUUCACUAAGACCUGGUUGUAAUUGCAGGUAAAGCCCAGCCACCCACAUUGACACCCAUACAGUGAGCUGAGAGGUAACAUGAUAUUUCUCCCGGAACCUUUGUGCGGUGUUCUGUGUUCCCCGGAAGGCACGCUUUAUCGCCGUACCCAGUGCGGAAGUGCCUGUUUCCGGUGAUGGCCCCGUUGCUGCUGUUGCUGUUGGUCGGGGCCGCGGCUGCUUCUCGGGGGGACCGGGAGCCCGUGUACCGGGAAUGUGUGGCGGGAUGUCAGCAGAUGAACUGUACCGGGGCUCGGCUCCGGGAAUUCCGGGCGGAACAGCCGCUCUACAUGAGACUGACAGGUGGGAGCAACAUUGUGUACGGACAGUGACAGCUCUAUCAGGCUAUGAGUGACAGAUCAUGAUAACAAUUGUAUCCAUGCAGUGACAGCUCUAUCAGGCUAUGAGUGACAGAUCAGAGUAACCAUUGUAUCCGGGCAGUGACAGCUCUAAGAGGCUAUGGGUGACAGAUCUGGGUAACCAUUGUAUCCAUGUAGUGACAGCUGUAAGUGGUUAUGGGGAGACCUACUAAAAGGAAUGAGAGAAUGGAAUGUCCAUAGACAAUUACAGAAUGAGUAGGUCACUCUAUAGAGCUAUGAGUGACAGAUCAGGGUAACUAUUGUAUCUGGGUAGUGACAGCUCUAUCAGGCUAUGAGUGACAGAUCAUGAUAACAAUUGUAUCCAUGUAGUGACAGUUCUAUCAGGCUAUGAGUGACAGAUCAGGGUAACCAUUGUAUCCAUGCAGUGCCAGCUCUAUCAGGCUAUGAGUGACAGAUCAGGGUAACCAUUGUAUCCGGGCAGUGACAGCUCUAUCAGGCUAUGAGUGACAGAUCAGGGUAACCAUUGUGUCCGGGUAGUGACAGCUCUAAGAGGCUAUGGGUGACAGAUCUGGGUAACCAUUGUAUCCAUGCAGUGACAGCUGUAAGUGGUUAUGGGGAGACCUACUAAAAGGAAUGAGAGAAUGGAAUGUCCAUAGACAAUUACAGAAUGAGUAGGUCACUCUAUAGAGCUAUGAGUGACAGAUCAGGGUAACUAUUGUAUCUGGGUAGUGACAGCUCUAUCAGGCUAUGAGUGACAGAUCAGGAUAACCAUUGUGUCCGGGUAGUGACAGCUCUAUCAGGCUAUGAGUGACAGAUCAGGGUAACCAUUGUAUCCGGGUAGUGACAGCUCUAUCAGGCUAUGAGUGACAGAUCAGGAUAACCAUUGUGUCUGGGUAGUGACAGCGCUGUGAAGCUAUGGAGAUCAGGGUUCUCAUUGUUUCUGGGCAGUGACAGCUCAAUGAAGUUAUGGGUGGCCGGUAGGUUUGUCAAAUCAACCAUUUUUGUUACUCACAUUUAAUUGAUAUAUGCUGAUUGGCAGUGCAUGAAAAGUGCUAUCUUGUGGUAUGCAGCAUUAUUAUUUUAUUUGUAAAGCGCCAACAAAUUCCACAGUGCUGCAAAAUAGGAGGACUUUUAGACAAGUAUUUGCAACAAGACGAGUUGGACCCACAGAAAUAGAGGGUGUUGAGGACCCUGUUCAAACAAGCUUACAUUCUACCAUAAACUCAUAUGCUCCAGGAUGGAAAUCAUUUGGCUAUAAUCAAGCGAGUUCAUUUGAGAUUAUUUCUUGUACAUUGAACUGUUUUCAUUCCCCAUGACAAUUGUACGUCGUUGAGCAGGAUUCUCCAGCGCAACCUAUUGUUCUUGUAAUAUUUUAAUUGUCUCAUUUAUUGUUAAAUGUCCCCCUUUUAUAAUAUUGUAAAUGACUGUAGAAUAAGCUAUAUAAAUACCAGUAAUAGUAAUAAUGCACUGCUCAUAAACAUCAUUCUUGAUUAGAGAUCUUGAAAACUCUGCUAAUCACAGAUGCCCAUUGCUGCUUAUGCUAUGGGCCAAGCUGGACAGAGGGGAUGGGGCUGCUUAAGACUCUCAUUUAGCAUUAAAACAUCAAUUGCGUUAAUGCCAAAUGGAAGAACAUUGCCAGGGAAUUCCAGACACUAUAACCAAUUCAUUGAAAGGAACACUCCAAAAAAAUAUGACUGUUUCAUAAAGAUAACAUUCUUAUGCAAUGGCCAUAAAGACUCUGCUGAAAUUUCAUUGAAAUUCCAGUGCAGUUAAAAAAUAAAAUUGGGACUACUUUGUCUUAUGGUGAAUUCUCAAGUUGACAAUAGGCAGAGGUACCACUGUCAAGUUUUGUCACUUCCCACAGCCGUCUCUAGCAUUGUAAAUGUGACAACCUUAUGGGAUCACUCAAAGCACCAUCACAACUUUGCAUGAAUGCAUAUUUGAUGGUGUAGAGAUAUCCUGGGCCAACGUUCAAUACGCAGGGUGGCUUAAAACUGUAACUGUAAGCCUGUCAAUCAAGUAGCCCAAAACAGGAGUUCCUGGUUGCUUGUGUUAAUUUUGUCCAAGUUUUGUUUGUGAACUGCUACCUAUGCUCUCAUCAAUAUUUCAGGCUGGGCUUGUCUGGAUGACUGUCAGUACCAAUGCAUGUGGCACACUGUAUCCCUGUACAUCAAGGAGGGGUAUCCAGUCCCACAGUUCCAUGGGAAGGUGAGUGCAGUUGGACUGUUAACAAUGACUAGAUUAACAAGACAUAUCAUACUUUUACAUGCUAUCCAAUUCACAUUAUUUUCUAGACAUUUUAUUUUAUUUAAAAAAAAAACUGCCUUCAUUUUGCUUCGUUUUCAAAUAUUUUUUUAUUGAAAAGUGUUAUAUUUUAUAACAAUAUAUAUAUAUGUAUUACACUAUCAUUAUUACAUAGGAUAUUUAGACUUAUAGAACUUUACACAUAGAUAAAAUAUUCAAAAUAGGUACAAUAAUAAUAUAAUUACAUCAUUAUAAUAUAUAUAUUUUUUUGGGGGGAUAAAGAAAAUUGUCUUUAUGAAACAUAGGUAGAUGGGAAAAGAAGAUCAGGAAAGGAGGGGGUAGGGCAGGACUUGACAAAUCCCAGGUGCCCGGUCGCCAUGGCGACUUGAAAUUUUGCCCAGGUGCCUGGGAUUAGAAGCCCUUUAGCUAAAGGCAGGAUGGGGGGAACAAUGGGGCUGGCCGGUCGGCUCAGUGUCGCCCUGGUCUGCAUGGAGGCGGCCGCCCUGGGGAUCGUGCAGUCUGCAGGCUGUGGCAGAGCGGGAGGGAGCAGUAAUCUUCCUGUAGCUCCUAUCUGCUCCCUCGCACUGUAUAGUGAUGCCGAGAGCCAGAAUAUGUCGUCAUUCCGGCCCCGGCAUCACUACAGGGAGGAGACAGGAGGUACAGGAAGAUUACUGCUCCCUCGCACACAAGAUGAGCGAGCAGCCCCACUGGACCCCAGGGAAAGUCCACUCAGCUCUCCCAGGUAGGAUGGUGGACUAGGUGGAUUAAAAUGGAACAUGCCAAUUUGUGUGUGUGUGUGUGUGUCUGUCUGUCUCUCUCUGUCAGUGUGUGUGUCUCUGUCAGUGUGUGUCUGUCUCUCUCUCUCUCUCUCUGUCUCUCUCUCUCUGUCUCUCUCUCUUUCUCUGUCAGUGUGUCUGUGUGUGUGUUUAAGUACCUGCACCCCUACGAUCACAAGAGAGGUGUUUUUUACUCCCCUUCUUUCCCACGCCGUGCCAGUUUUUUGUGGCUUGUCCUGCCUUCAUGACUGAAAUAAUCAAUCUUUAAGAUCUCAGCUAAACAGAUAUUAGAACAUAUUGCGCAUACUUCGCUAGUUUAAAAAACGGGCUCCUAACCUUUUCUAUCUGGAUCCUAGAUUCCAAACAAAUUUGUCAAGCCCUGGGGUAGGAAGAUAGAGGGAGAGUUGGAGCCCUUAUUGUUUACAUUGUGGUGUGUGAAUAUUUUUAAUUAGUUGUGGUAAUAUUCCUACUAUAAUACCUUUUGGUAUAUCAUAGGUAGGUAUGAUAUAUUCCGUAAACAACUUCAACGGGUUUAUAUCCUUUUAAUUUGAUCAGAAUAUUAGCAAUGAAAGAUAUUAUCAUAUUUUUCGCUCUAUAAGACAUACCUGGCAUUAAGACGCACCUAGUUUUUAGAGUAGGAAAACAAUAAGAAAAAAGUGUUCCUUACCACCCACUCCCCCCCCCGUCCCAUAGUGUUCUCCGCCCACCACCCCUUGUCCCAUAGUGUUCCUUAUCACCCACUCCCCUGCCCUGUCCCACAGUGUUCCUUAUCACCCCCCCACCUUUCCCACAGUGUUCCUUAUCACCCCCCCACCUUUCCCACAGUGUUCCUCAUCACCCCCCACCUUUCCCACAGUGUUCCUUAUCACCAACUCCCCGUCCCAUAGUAUUUUUUAUGUUCCUCUGUGUCCCUUGUUAUUGUUAUUCAUUUAUACAUUGUAACCAUAUCUCUCCUUUGGGUAAAUUCCAACUAAAAAGCUAAUCCGUUAAGCCAAUACUGCUAAAAUGCAACUCAACACUAAUGUCAUUGACUGCUGAAAUGAAACUUGUUCUCAACGUAAUUCCCAAAUAGAUGGAUGACCACAUUAAAGUAUUGUUUGUAAUUAUCAUUAUGGUCCAUUAGUAUGAAAUGUUUCAUAGGGAAUAUUUAUAUGUAUCUAAGUAUUAUUUUCUCUCUCUUUUCUGGAACAGUUUAGAAAGAUGAAGGCUACACAUUUUUAAUAAUCUGCCCUUUCCUUCUCUCCCCGCCAGUGGCCAUUCUCUCGAUUCCUGUUCUUCCAAGAGCCAGCCUCUGCCUUGGCCUCUUUCCUCAACUGCAUAGCCAAUAUCUGGAUGCUGCGGCGCUAUCGCUCCACCGUCCCUUCCUCUUGCCCCAUGUAUCACACAUGCCUGGCUUUCUCCAUGGUAGGUUCUACCCUUAUGUUAGUGACAGAAGGACCUUGUUUAAAAAGCUCAUGUCCAUAACUGUCUUCUUCUCCUGUGCUGCAGAUCUCCAUCAAUGCAUGGUUUUGGUCCACAAUAUUCCACACAAAAGACACAGCAAUUACUGAAGUAAGAGCUAGGAUUAAUGGUUUCUUCUAAAUGACAAUUGAUUUCACGUAAUUACUGAAGUAUGUUCCCAUAUCCAUAUACUGUUGUCAUUGUCUGAUCCCACAGAAAAUGGACUAUUUUUGUGCCUCUUCAGUUAUUCUUCACUCUAUCUACCUGUGCUGCAUGAGGUAAGCUCCUGGGGUAAAGUUCCUACUCACAUAUAUCUUCAUCUUUUCUUCUCCAUUUUUUUACUUUCUUCUCAUUUUUGCUUUUUUUGCUCUCCGUUGUUCCCAUCCUCUCUCAUAUUGCUGGUUAUAAUUUUGGAUCUCUUCUUCUCUUUAACCAGCUUGCAUGAACUCAUUAUGCAUUUUCCGGCAGUGCCCGGUUCCUGUGUUCCCUGGCAGUGUCUGCUUUCCACAUGCUGAUAUCCUGUGUUCCCCCAGGACUCUGGGUCUGCGGUACCCUUCCCUUGCCAAUGUGUUUGGUGCUGUCCUGGUGCUCCUGUUUGCAUGCCAUGUCUCCUACUUGACCCUUGGGAGCUUUGACUACAGCUACAAUAUGAUGGCAAAUGUCAGCCUUGGUGAGUUUGCUGAAGUUUUUGACUCGAACUGUGUUACCGGACUUGAUGUCUCUUAAUUAUGCAUAUUAUUGACCCUUCCUGUAUCCCUUACUGCAGGAAUUGAUUUAGAAUCUUUCGUAGAUAAAAUAAAUGUAUCACCAGUACAAUGACAUACACACAACACUGUAAAACUCACCUAGAACACACAUGAGCAAUACAGCACCUAGAACGCACACAUCGUGCUGUAUUGCUCAUGAACCAUAUGUUAUGACUCCAGAUCGGCAGAUAUGUGGGACGAGGCCGUGUAAUUUAAUAUAUCCUUUAGGAGUCAAUUUUUAGGAUAAUUGGUGUCCAGUGAUGAUCUAGUCCUCCAUGAUUUAUGUAUGUAAGACAAAGGCAUACCAGUGUCAUUUAUAAUGUAAUCUUAAAUACUUUGCUGGAGACUCAAAGUAAUAGGAAUGAUGUCGAGAAGUGGAUAUUAAGAGGAAAUACAAGCAUUACAGUGUACAUUAAUCCAACUCAGAGUCAUUUUGUUUCCAUCAGCUGUCAUGUGAUAUCACCGCCAUUUUGUAAGAAUGUAACAAGGCAUAUUUCCGAUUCAUAGCACAAGCCUACUACUGGUGCUUUAUCCCCAUUUCCUUUCAUCUGCCCUGUCUCUCGUUAGGCUGUGAGUGGUCAUCAGCUAAUUACCUUCUAUUUUGUGUAAGAUAUCCAGAAUGUCAGUUUUACUGUAAUGUGAUAUUGUCUCUUUCUGAAUAAUAAAACAGAUGAGGCCACAAACAACAUAUAACACUGAUACUAUGGGAAGACAUUUGGAAAAUUAGAUAUUAAUGUAUGGUUUUCUUUUUUCUUGACUGUUAUUGUAGUUCUACUUAAACAAAGAGCAAGAUUAGAUGUUCUGGAUAUUGCUAGUAAUAUUCAGUAAACUAUACCAUAUCACGUCUUCUUUAUUUUCUUAGAGUUUAGAAUAUAGUAAAUUGUGAGAUAUUUCUUGUUAUUAGCAGGCAUUAGUGAGUCAAGCCAAUUGUAAUAUGUAUGUAUGUUCCUCUGUCUAUUUUUAUUUUUAACCUUUGGGAGGGUGGGGGGGUUUGAUCCAUUACUAGACUGUAUAAUAUACAUCGGGUUAUGAUUAUAAUGAUCGUGCCUGAGCCCUUUAUGUUACCAAACCUUUCCUGGUGUCCACCCAUACAUCUGAGUGCAGGACAGGAAGGCAUUAGAUAACCAAAGGGCAGAGCAAGUUUAUUAUAGAAAGAGCUAGGAUCAGCCAGAAAAGGGGAUGCAAUUGAGCCUCACUAUGUGUAACUGUAUUACUCUGAGAUUGCUUUAUAGGAUGACCUGUAACCUUGCAUGUCCCAGACAGAUCCAGAGCUUUCUCUGUGCUAAAAUGAUUCUCUAUAUCUGCAGGUUAAAUUAACGUUUAUGUGCAGGGGCAGAUUAUUUGUGAAAUGUAUGUCAUGCAUAUUCCUUGAGUUAAUUACUAUCCCGUAUAUCUCGUGAAUGUAAUCCUUUACUUCAAGCAGAUGACAACCAGUGGAGUUACAAUACAUUGAGUGUAGUGACUAGUAUUAUAGAAAGGUUUAUUAAAUUACCACUAGUAGCUUUUUUUUUUCUGACUGUCCAUGACGUGUACAUAUCACUCUGAUACCAGGUAAUGUUGACACACUGUACGUUUCUGUAAUGCACUUUACAUUCAUACACCUCUUAAAUACUUAUGGAGCUUUGUAGUAGAAUGAGACUUACUCUACAUCACUGCGGGACUCUGUUAUACACUAACACAUACUUUACAUUACUAUGUAGUUGUGUGCUACACUCACACAUGCUGUGCACUACAGUGGAACUCUGUAAUAAACCCCUACAUUAAACUGAAGCUCUUUAUUAUGCUUACAAAUACUUGGCAUUAUUGUAGAACUCUAAUACACUCAACGACUGCAUUACUUCUGAGCUGUGUAACACAGUCAACUAUACGUUUAAGGUAUUAAAGGAACACUUUUUUUAGGUUUUCGAAAUACAAGAGGGUCAGGUAAAGUGAGGAAACUACAGAGGAAACCCAGACCACUUCAUGAGAUGACAUGUUCUGGGUGUCUAUAGUGUCUGUUUAAUUAUUGUAAAGCUCUGUAAUACUCUCAUGCACUCUUAUUGGGGAACUCUGUAACACAUGCACAGGUAAACAAACUCGUUUUCCUGGCACUAUAGCGCCCUGAGGGUACCCCCACCCUCAGGGUCCCACUCCCGUGGCGUUGAAGGGGGAGGAAGGGGUUUAUCCUUUACCUUUUUUACAGCGCCGGGCUGCGGCGCUGGAACUUUCCUCUGUAGUUUGUUUUAAAACAGUGUUGUAGUUAUGCUGUUUAGUUGUCAGUGUUUACUGCUUUGUUAAGCUUAUUUACUUAGUGUUUUGUUUUCUGCAGAUGUACAUCUUUUGUCUGUGUCCAUUUCCAUUCACUCUCACAUACCAUUAAAUGCCGUGACACUGGCAGCUGCUGAGAAUGAUUGCGGGCAGUUUGUAAUGUGAAGUAGUUCUAUGAAGACAAGGUGCUUCUCUUUUUUGUUCAUGUUUUCUGUUCUUUGGUUGCUCUUCCUAGAUGUGCCUUAUUGCACUUAUUAAUGUAUAUAGCAAUAUUUAACUUCUCUCACAUAUGUGUGUUUUCCCACAGUUAAGUGCUGGAAAUACCCAAGUUAAUAUUUUUUUUUUUCUCCAAAAAUGCAGCUUUAUUGGCUCAUUAUAUCAUUUUAAUUUUGGUACAUACGAUGUGACGUUCAUUGAUUUCUAAUAUAUUGACACAUUCUGUUUCUUUCUUCUGAUGUAUCUAUUCAGGCAUGGUGAACCUGGUGUGGUGGCUGGCAUGGUGCAUGAGGAGACGCUCUCACCAGCCUUACCUCUGGAAGUGCGUGCUGGUUGUGGUCCUAUUACAGAGCCUGGCACUGCUGGAGUUGCUGGAUUUCCCCCCUUUCCUAUGGGUGCUGGAUGCCCAUGCACUCUGGCAUUUCAGCACCAUUCCACUGCCAUUCCUCUUCUUCAGGUAUGAAGUCCUAGGGAAUCUUUGCAGAUCUAUCUCAUAAGGCAUUAACCUGCAUGUGCUCCAUUUAGGCAGAAAUGGAUGGCCAUCAGGAAGCCAUCUUUCACUGCUACCACAGAGAGAUUAUUCUUUUUAUAUGAGGUCAGUAAAGAGGACCAAAAUAGUGUCCUUUCUAUUGAUUGCAUACAGAUACCAAUAAAUCAUUGUUGGCAGUUUGAGUGAUGUGUUGAGUAAAGUAAAAUGUAUUAUUAAAAGUACUUGCAUUUCCUUCCUCCGAUGUACUAAAUUCUUUAUAAAUUCUUAUAAGAUUGCAAAGGUUACAACCCACCCUCCCAUUUUAAACAACGUAAGUCCUUGAUUGGUAGUGAAAUUGAGUCUCCCAAAACCUGAAUGAGGGCAAAGAAAGGUUUGUAUAUGGUGUGCAGUAAUCACCACUUUUUAGAGGGAAGUUCCCUAGAUAAUGCACAAUUAAAGAGUAUGUAGAGUCUUAAAGGGACCCUAUAGUCACCCGAACAACUAUAGCUUAAUGCAGUUGUUCUCAUGAGUAUAAUCAUUGCCUUCAGGCAUUUUUAUACAAACACUGUCUUUCUAGAGAAAAAGGCAGUGCUUACAUUGCCCUCUAGUGGCCAUUGGAGGUGCUUCCUAGUGCAAUGCUGCACAGUAGGCAGCACUGCCGUUCAGCGUCUCCAUGUUCUGCAUGGAGACGCUGAAAUUUUCUCAUAGAUUCAAUGCAUAUCUAUGAAGAGGUGCUGAGGCUCUACCAUUUACCCAUGUUUGCAGUUCUAUAUUUAGCACUAAGCAGUUUCAGUGUGUUUGUAUGGAAUAUGUUUGUAUGUGGUGUUGGUGUGAUUGCAAGCAUGUAUUUGUGUAGUGUUGGUUUUUGAAUGCAGGGGUGUAUUUACAUAUAAUUUUGGUGUGUAACACAGACAUGUGUUUGUACGUAGUGCUAAAAUUUGAAUGCAGGGGUGUAUUUGUGUGUAGUGUUAGUGUGUGAAUGCUGAGAUGUAUGCACAUAUACACACACAGAUAUAUACAUAUACACACACACACACACACACACACACAGACAUGCUGACAUACAAACAUACUGACACACACACAGACAUACUGACACACACAAAGACAUACUGACACACAGACAUGUUGACACAAACACACACACACACAUAUAUAUAUAUAUAUAUAUAUAUAUACUGACACGCAAACAUACUGAUAGACAUACUGACACAGACAUACACUUUAAAACCCACCCUCCAGUUUCCUACCUAUCCUGCUGGUGGCUGAAGGUGUUUGGGAGUUGGGGUCUAGCGCUCGCGGCCAGCCCCCCUCCAUUCUGCCUACUCUCCUUUCCCAUGCACUCCUCUCUUUGUGGGAGGAAGUUUGGCUCUAGCAGCCUUGAGUGCCAUGCAAAGACACCUCGAGUGCCGUGCAUGGCACUAGUGCUGUAGGUUGCCUACCCCUGCCCUUUAGUGUUCCUUUAAGCUAUAAUGUUAGUAGAGCAAAAACAAUGCUGCAGAAUGCAGUGACACACGAACACGUAUGUGAAUGGUAAGUAAAGGCAGAUCUGAGGAGGGAGGAUAAAACCAGUAGGAAAUAUUGUGAGAUUGUUUGUUUCAUUCUGUGAGUAAGAAGUAAAGUAGGAGGCAGGGGAAAGUACCACACACAGUUGUUUGCUAAUUCUGUUACAGGAAACUGGGAAUGUAAUACUACUGCAGAUAUUAUGUGUAAGGUUGUUGUGAGCCAUCGAGCGAAGAGGGAUAUCCGUGGCCAGAUUAAGUGUGAGGAGGCAAGAGCAUUAGUUAACAUCAGAUGCAGUGUGAAGAGAUUUCAAAGCAGGAUGAUAUUCUAAGGAUCUACACUACGGAAGGAUGCGUGACUUAUCAGGGUUUCUAAAAUACUUCUCAGCGCUAAUUUGGAAUGACCUUGAACAUAAUGGAAAAUUGUGUGAGAAAGAGACUGCAGUACCACAUAGGAGCCAUGUUUCUGUGAUAGCAGAGACAGUCUCAUUUUAAAGUGAGAUCUAUUUAACUGUUUAGUUACUUAAGUGUCAUGAAUGGAGUUUUGUCCAUGCAAGGUUACUCCAAGAACUAUGACCACUUCAGUGAUUUGAAGUGGUCAUGGUGGUUGGAGUCUGUGUGUGCAGUGUUUCUCUAUUAAAGAGUUUAACCUCUCUGCUGCCGGAGCUGUAACUCCAUCUCCGGCAGUGUCAUUGGUGUGUCACCAGCCAACCCAGAACUAGAGUUCCGAGCUGGCUUGUGCCAAUUCUGUGCAAGUUUCCUUGCACAGAAUGCCAGUCAUUGGUUCAGAGCAGACCGCUGACUUUGUCAGCUAGUGAAUGCAGCUUGUCUCCAGACUGAUAGGGUUUUCCCAGAUAGGUUUGAAAUCUUUUCUGCUGUGUCAAAAGUGUCAACUCACCCCCUUCAGUGAUCAUUGAAGUCAGUAGUGUGAUCAGUGCUGAUUUUGUUUUUGUUUUUUUUUAUAUUAGUUUUUAUGGUUAUUGGUUUUAGUUUUCUCCCCCCCUUAACUUAAUAUUUAAGCCUGGGUUGGUUGGGGGGGAUGGAUUAGGGUUACAGUUUAAUUCAGGCUAGGGUUUAGAUAGUUAUAUUUAGUAGUGACCAUUAAUUAGAUGAUUAAUAGCAUUACAGGUUGAAUUAAAGUUAUGAUUAUAAUUCUGAUAGGUAGAGAGAGAAACCACGAUAAAAAUAAUGUAUAGUAAUAUACAUUUUCCAGUAAAAAUUACACAUUUUUCUAAUGCUUUGCAAGUUUACAAAAUGCUACCAGGGUCAGAUAAUGAAAUUGCUACUGCAUCUGAUGAGAUGCGUACCACCCUUUACAAUGAUGUGGUUAAAUUACAGGGCUGUUUCCUAAAGUGAGAGCUGCUAUGUUUGGACUCUUCGACUUAUGGCAUGAGGUGGAAAAAAACUGAGGUUUUCCCUAAGAACUAGUGUACCCCAAACAAAAAUAUUGAAAACCUGUCUGAUUUGUGGCAGGGUGCAAUUUUAGCACUCGGACAAUAGUGAUGUUAAUUUCCUAUCCAUGAUGUACACCGAAGCUGCUCAGCCAGUAAUGGAAAGAGGAGGACAUUAUGCCAAUCAACCAACCCAAGUGUAUACUAGACCAGGGAUUCGUCAUUCCAAAUGUUGUGGACUACAUUUCCCCCAAUGCUUUGCCAACAUUAUGGGUAAUGUAGUCCACAACAUCUGGAGUGCUGAAGUUUGCCUACCUCUGUUCUAGACUAUAAUGAAUGUGUGGGGGAAUCUUCCUAGUUGACCAGUUUUUGAAGCCAAGUCUAGUGCAUCACAAAACCACCUCAUGAUACAAAUAGGUUGCCAUAUACCUGACACGAAUGACAUUGUUCAGCUCAUAUUUACUGUACAGACAGUAAGGCAAAGACUUCAAAGUAUUUUACCUUGAAUAACUGAUAAAUAAAGUCACAACUAUUUUGUUUGAGCAGCAAACAAUGAACGUUUUGUUGCCAAGAACAUUGGCAGGCGUCCUUGAAAGCAUUUUCCAACUAGGAUUCUUACUGUUGCACACAAACAACCCACAAGCACUGUAGAGUUUUCAACCAAAAGGUGUCUCAAAUGAUUCUACUACUGGCCAUCCUGCACUUAUUUGCUUCUUCUUUGUAUUAAUAACUGUUUCGGAAAAUGUGAGACACUUGUGGACCAUUUGGAGCACUCGUCAGAUGUCUAUGGGUUUGAUUUUUAUUGGACAGCACGAACGGUCCUUAAGAAACCAAUAUAGUACGUAUGGGAGCAUUAAAUAUGAAAGCAGGGAAUCAUGGUUGAACAUGAAAAUGCCAAAAUAGCAAAAAAGCCUUGAUAGUUACAUAGCUAAAAAGAGACAUGCGCCCAUCAAGUUGUCUUUCUCACAUCCGUUUUUGCGGUUGAUCCAAAAGAAAGUUGAGCAAUAUUAAUUGUAAACAUGUUGUUCCUUGUCUUGUCUUUUGAUAUAAGAUUGUCAGAUCCCCCAAGACCUACUGUCUCAGUAUGUUUUUUGUUUGCAAAAACAAAGUUUGAUUAACUCAAAGUAUGAGCACUGCAGAACGUGUACCAGUGAUGUUAAUGAUUUUAUUAAAUGGCUGUUUACACUUCAAAAAAAAUUCUCUGUAUUUCACUUCUGCUUACAGUUUUCUGGAGGAUGACAGUCUAUACUUACUGAAGAUGAACUCUGUUGUACUAAAACUGGACUAGAAUGAAGUGAGGGUGGAGUUCAUCUGCUCCAUUCCCAGGAUGGUCCCCACGGUGUGCCCCCUAUACGGAGAAUCUGUCCACCAUAUAGGAGACCUCUGGUUGGGUGCCACCGACUGACUCCGCAAGGAAGAAAGGGAGUCCCAGAAGUGCCUUAUGGUCAUAUUGGAAGUGAUUUUCCCAAAGGAGGGAAAACAAACACAUUAUGUACCUAUAUUAGUUAGGACAUUGCUCUUGUGUAAAGACUUUUAACUUCUACAGCCAUUCCUAAAUGUGGACUUGUGGUGAUAGUGAGUGGGCAUUAUUUCCUGAUUGAGCCAUUGAUAUGAUUCUUUGUGAAAAAGUGUUUUCACUAAAUGUAUAAUGUGAAGCUUUGAUCUACCAGAUAUUACCACUAGUGUUGUGUUCUAGUUGCUGGGGUCCUGGUAGAGAAAUUUGGAAAAUGCUUGUGAAUCUUGGGUACUGUGGUGGGUUCUGUUGCCAUACCAUUCGUGCUUUUCAUGCUUUGCUGCUCUCUUUAAUUUCAUUCCUAUCCCCGGGGGGAGGGGUGCAUGCGGUGCCUUAAUGUCUGUGGCAAAAGUACUUGUUUCUGUGCAAUAUAUGUCAGCCUUUUCUGUUUGACACAUCUUUUUCUUAUAACAAGAAACUGAAAAUAUAUAUAAAAAAUGGUUGAAAAUGUA